UUACUAUAACUAUUUACAAUUCGUCUCGUGAACUUCAUCAUGACAUCAAUUCUACUCCCAGUCGCCUUUCUUGCCUUGGUGGAAUGCAGUUGUGCCAUACAACCAUUGAUUCUGAAAGUCUGCAACAGUACGAAGCUCGGCAUUCCGGCGGACAUUGUGGCCCAACGAGGGGCUGCCUUAGCCUAUGGGAACGAGUACCGAAGACGACAUGGCGCCAAACCACUCACCGUGGACCUCGCUCUUGAAGAAGAAGCUCAAAAACGGGCCGAGUACAUGGCUUCUACCGGAUCAUUCAUAAGCAGUAUCUGGGAUACAGACAAUAUCGCCAGGAUUCCUUGCGACAGCGAAAUCCCACAAAUGUAUCCAACCGAACCUACAAUUCCAGGGGCGAUUUUCCGUUGGAAUUAUCAAACGAAGCGAUUCCGCUGUUCUUAUCCCAUUUUUACGAGAACAGUUUGGAAGGCUACUGAGAAGGUGGGAUACGGCGCUGCGGUCGCGUCUGAUGGACAUAUCAUCGUUGUCGCAGUAUAUUCUCCACCAGCUAGCGGAGAUCCUGCCGCAAUGUUGGAAAACGUUCAGUGUGAAGAAGUCCCAUAAUUUAAUUAUUUAUUGUGAAAUGCAAAAAAAUUAUGAGAUGUGUUUGUGGAAAAUUUUAAAUUGGCAAAAAUUCAGGAAGUAGUUGUAAUUUCUAAAUGUGUAUGAAUUAUCUGAGUGUGAAUAAAUCUUAUGCAAGCAACC